CUAGAUUACACGUCCGCGGGAAGUGUAAGUUGUACCGUUUAUUAGAUGAGAAAUUGGUUGUCUAAUAGAAGAUAAACAGGCGAAGGAGAUGGAAAGCCUCGAGGAUGAUGAUAAACAAUUGAACAAAGGUGUUGCGGAGUUGGCUCUUGCACACGGGUUUUUUGGACCAGCUGCAGGAGGUGUGCAAACUGAGGCAGAAAAGAUGGAGAAAACAGAGUAUUGGAUGGCAGUAGAUUCUUAUCUCAACUCUGUGAAAUCCCACAGAAAUGAACCAGUCGACAUUGGAGACGAGUCAAUUUUGCGGAGACUUCGUAAAACUGCCAUCUACAUAAAGGAAUACAAGGAGACUAUAGCUGACGCCACUAACAGUGCCGAAGGAGACGUGGACGAAAUAGAAGAGGAGGAGGAGCUGAUGCUGGGAGAGAUCGGCGGUGCUGUGGCUGCACUACCCGUGCCGACUGUGGAUGGCGAAACUGAGGAACUACUGCGGAGCUCGAGAGCCUUGCACCGACACGUGGCGGGGCUGCGGUCCUUCCUGGAAAGCGUCCUGUCCGACGAGGCGGGAGCAGGACGUGUGGAUCUGCCCGACUGUCCCGAAAUGGAGGAGCCUUCGGUUAGGCAGAUGUUGGCUCCAAGCAGACAUAUUGCAGAGAAAAGAGAAGAACUGAAAGUUCAUGAGGAAUACCCCGAUGCCUUCUUACCAGAUCACAUCCUGGCAUCACUGGAUAAGUGUGUGCGAAUGCUGUCCAAUAAGACAAAUGAUCAGCAAUGCUAGAUCUUUUGUAGAGCUGCGUAGAUCUUUUGUAACGUGAGUGGGUAGAUAUGUGUGUGUGCUACAUAUGGAAAGUUGUUACACGAGAUAGAUAUCGUGCAGUGAAAGAUCUAUGCAGAUCGACAAAACAUUCGUCUUGCAUUUCUCCACGUAUUUUAAAAUAAGAGCAAAAAACCUCCAUUAUGGUUAUUUUAUCAUGUGUAUAUUGCUUUAUGAUCUUCAAAGAGAAUGUUAGCUUUUAAAAGUGAAUUUAUGGAGUUUCUCUAUUGCUGCCAGUUAACAGCAUAAAAUCUAAACAAAAAAAAAGCCUUAUCCAAGAAACGGAGAUAAAACGUGGCAGUGCUCUGUUUUUUGUUUAGCCAUAUGUUUUGUGGGUGUGCGCGUGUGGGCGUGUGUGCGUGUGUGCGGGUGCGGGUGUGGGUGUGCGUGUGUGGGUGUG